CUCGAGCCGAGAGCAGAGGCAAAAAGGAGAAGCGUGAUUGUUGGCGAGGAGAGACGCGCACACAUCGUUGCUGGAGCUGGAGGAGAGGAGCAGGGCACCUGCAACGCGCAGCAGUCGCAGGAAACAGUAGCAGUGUCACGGCAGGAGGAGUAGCAGUGAUGGAGGGAGGCGUUGGGACGCGGCGCCGGGCGACUGGUUUCCGCUCGCGCAGCGUGGAUCCAGAGGUGGACGGCUCCGGCGUGUUUGGGGCGUCGGAAACAUCCCCGUUGUUGAUGCGCGACAGGGCGCCGUCCAUGUGGGGCCGCCUGCGCAACCGGUUCAGGUCAAUCACAGCUGCCGAGCAGCAACACCCAGCAGAGUAUGUGGCCCCUCACAGGCGGCACUUUGCCCGACAAAUGGUGUACGAGUCACUGGACUAUGAGAUUACAGAGAGCCGCGUCGAGAUGAAGGAGCGUAGAAAGCUCACGCUCAAGGACCACUUUAGAGACGUCAUCCUUCGCUGGGUGAUCCUCUUCUUCAUCGGUAUCUUCACUGCGUUUGCUGCGUUUGCCAUCGACGUGGGCAUCAAAAUCAUCUCCAAAUACAAGUUUGGCUUCAUUCGCGACUCCAUAUCGAGGUGCACCAAGCAUGACUGUCUGUCGCAGUCGUUUGGCAUCUGGGUUGGCCUUGACAUCUUGCUCGUUGGCCUUGCAGGCGUCAUGGUCUGCUUCAUCGCCCCAAUUGCCGCAGGCUCCGGCAUUCCAGAGGUCAAGUGUUACCUCAACGGCAUCAAGAUGCCUGAAGUCGUUCGCCUCAAAACCCUCGUCACCAAGGCAAUAGGUGUAAUGUUUGCUGUAUCUGGUGGCAUGACCAUCGGCAAGGAAGGGCCCAUGAUCCACUCAGGUGCGGUUGUUGCUGCCGGUCUCUCCCAGGGCAAAUCCACGUCCAUUCGUUGGCUCGACACGCGCUUCCUGAAGCAGUUUCGCAACGACGUCGAGAAGAGAGACUUUGUGUCCGGCGGUGCUGCUGCGGGUGUCAGUGCUGCGUUCGGCGCCCCAAUUGGCGGUGUCCUCUUCUCCCUCGAGGAGGGUGCGUCGUUCUGGAAUCAGUUUCUGACGUGGCGCAUCUUCUUCUGCUCCAUGACGGCCACAUUCGUCCUCAACAUCCUCCUCUCAACCUUCGAAAACGGCAACCCAGGCGCGCUGUCCAACCCUGGUUUGAUCAACUUUGGCAAGUUCGAGGACAUGCCAUACAACCUCUCCGAGCUGCCGCUCUUCAUCAUCAUGGGGGUGAUUGGCGGGUUACUUGGCGCGGCGUUCAACUCCAUCAACGAGAAGCUCACGCAUUUCCGCAUGCACCACGUGUUCACGCCCCACGCAAAGCUGCUGGAGGUGCUGGCUGUCACCGUCCUCACGACCGUCAUAUUCUUCACCCUCAUCUUCUUCAGCGAUGACUGUCUUCCGCUCGGGCAAUCACCAGAGAGCAGCAGCCCCUUGCAGUUCUUCUGCGAAGAGCACCAAUACAGCGCGAUGGGAGCGCUGCUGUUCAACACGCCGGAAGACAGCAUCAAGAACCUGUUUCACGGCCCCAAGGACGCAUACACGUCGUCCACGCUGGCGUUCUUUGCCAUUGCAUACUGGGCGCUUGCGUGCAUCACGUAUGGCCUGUCCAUUCCCAGCGGUCUGUUCGUGCCGUGUCUGCUGACGGGAGCGUCGUGGGGCCGGCUGGUGGGCAACAUCAUGGCAUCCAUCUUCCCUGGCGCGACGUGGGUCAUCCCUGGGAAGUACGCCCUCAUCGGAGCAGCUGCCAUGCUCGCUGGCGUGGUUCGCAUGACGAUUUCGCUGACUGUCAUCAUCAUUGAGGCGACGGGAAACGUGACGUACGGUCUUCCCAUCAUGCUCGCCGUCAUCUUCGCCAAGCUCGUGGGCGACUACUUCAACGAGGGUCUGUACGACAUCCACAUUGAGCUGAAACACAUCCCGCUGCUGCCCUGGGCACCCCCACCGGUUGCCAGCCACCGCCUCCAAGCGCAGGACUUUAUGAGUCGUGAUAUCCAGUGUGUGCGCAUGCUCAAUCGCGUCGGCGACAUCUACCGGCUGCUGCGCACCAGCAAGCACAAUGCCUUUCCCGUCAUCGCCUGGCACGAAGAUGCGACGGUUGAGACGAAUGGGCUGGCGAUUGUGCAAGGCAUGGUGUUGCGACAGCACUUGAUUGCGCUUCUCAAGCACAGAGGCUACGGCCACAAGAUUGGAAACAUGGUCGCAAAGAACGAACUGGCGCUGGAUGAGCUGACGCAGGAUUACCCGCGGUGGCCAAAGAUCUCGUCUGUCGACGUGCCCAAGGAGGAUUAUGACAUGUGGAUGGACUUGCGCCCAUACAUGAACCCGAGCCCUUAUCUCGUGCAGGCAUCAUGCUCGUUGGCAAAAAUCUUCCGGCUGUUCCGCACAAUGGGACUUCGCCAUCUCGUUGUCGUCAACAAGAUGAACGAGCUGGUGGGCCUCGUCACGCGAAAAGAUUUGGCGAACAUCACAAACGACAUGAAGCGCGAAGACUUCCUGCACUCGCGCCUGUCUGUCCGCCACGUCAAGUACAUCAUGCCCGAAAACAUCACGGAUGACGUUGACGCCGUGCUGAUUCGCGACAGGGAGGACCAUCCUCGCGUGGAGGAUCUUGGCCAGAACGGCCCAGACGACUCAAUCAUGCCCAUGAACUAGGACCAUCACCACCACAUUUUCCGAUUGUUGGCACGCAGCUUUUCCUGUUUGUUGUUCGAAGUCGCCUCUUUUCAUGUUGCAUUCUGCCAACUCCAACACACUGUUUGCACUGCCGUGCUUACACACACACACACACACACACAC